UAUUUGUUUUGGGUGGUGAAUUUUAUUGCAAACGAAAUUUUAGCUGGCUGAAAAAUACUUUUGGAUUUAAUUUUUAAUAUUUUUGCUGUAGCCCUAAACAUUUUUUCCUGUUCAUCGGAAAUUGGAUAAAUUAAUUAUUGCAAACCAACCUGCGAAGCUAUCACGCCGUGGAACAGCUCAAAGACAGUGUGUAUGGUCAAAUUAACUUUCCUCCAAUAGCGAUCAAGAUUGCUAUAUAAAAAAUGGAUAAUUCCGAUGCAUCGACGCUGCUGAUAAAAAAUAUACCAAAAUCAAUUAGCGACAUUACAAAUCUCCUACCCUAUGCACCAAAGGAAUUGAAACAAUUCGGGCGGCGACGCGUACUGGUGACAUACGAAAAUGAGGCAGUUGCUCAGACCGUUUUGCAGCAGUUGCAACAAUUGGAGCUCAUACCCGGCAAGCAUUUGAAUGCAGCUUUCUUUCGCAAAAAUGAAAAGCCAGCCGCUAAUGUGAAACCCAGUAAAAAAGUGACAUCCAGCAAAACAACGCAGACGAGUUUGCACACAGCUGGCGAUGCGGCGGCACCCCAAAUCAGCAAACAACUAGGCCUCCUCGAAACCAUAUACGUCGAAGGUGAAUCAGGCACUGACAAAAAUAAUUCUAGUUACUUAACAAAGCUGCGCAAACCACAGUUAUCGAUGCAGCCAUACAAAUAUUUGAUAUGCAUGGAUUUUGAAGCGACUUGCUGGGAGAAUCAGGCGCCACCUAAAUGGCGUGAAGCCGAAAUUAUCGAAUUUCCUGCGGUGAUGGUAAAUCUGCAGACAGGCAAAAUUGAAGCAGAAUUUCACAAAUAUGUCAUGCCCAUCGAGUCACCCAAAUUAAGCGCUUUCUGUACCGAACUGACCGGCAUAAAGCAGCAAAGUGUCGACAAUGGCAUGCCGCUACAAACCGCCAUAAUGAUGUUCCAAGAGUGGUUACGCAAAGAGCUGCGUGCACGAAAUUUACAACUGCCAAAAAUGUCCAAAGAUAAGCUUAUUGGCAAUUGUGCUUUUGUCACCUGGACUGACUGGGAUUUCGGCAUUUGCCUGGCGAAGGAAUGCCAGCGGAAGCGACUGAAGAAGCCAACCUAUUUUAAUCAAUGGAUAGAUUUGCGAGCAAUCUUUCGUGAAUGGUAUAAGUACAAGCCCAUCAACUUCGCAGAUGCAUUGUCGCAUGUGGGGCUCGCAUUUGAGGGGCGUGAACAUUCAGGUAUCGAUGAUGCGCGCAAUUUGGCGGCUUUGGCUUAUAAGCUAACAUGCGAUGGUGCACCGCUGGCGAUAACGAAGGACCUCGCGCCAUUUCAACUCAACUCGAAUUGUAUACUUUAAGCAGCGAGGGGCAUGGAAACAAGUGACUGAGACAUACAUAGUAGCAGAGGGGUUAGAGGUUUAUUUUAUAUUUUACUUUGGAAUUGACAACAAAAAAUACUAAAUAUAUGCAUAAAUAUAUGUAGGACUUGAUAGAUUACACUGCCCAACAAAAUUCUAUUAUGUAAAAUAUUGUAGCCGAUUCUUGUAGGAUUUUUCCCUUAGAAUACGAAUACGACCGUAAAUAUAUUGGAUGGGCUCUAGUUUUCGAGCAACUUAGGUUUAAAGGUGCCGUUUAACCAUAAUUUUUUGAUGCAUCAGUUUAUUGUUUUACAGAGGCUCGAAAGUGUCCACAAAUGCGUUUUUCGCCACCUUUUAAUCUAAGUUGCUCGAAACUAGAGCCAAUCCUAUAUCUUUACGGUCCGAUUCAGAUUCUACGGGAAAAAUCCUAUAA